GAAGGCGGCGCGUGUGAUUUGUGCCUGCGAGAGAGGGAAAGAGAGAGAUGGCGGGAGUAAGAGAAGCGCAAUGGAGACAACAAAGAGGGAGACAACUGGGCCCACCUCCAAGAGGACCUCCGGGUCUUCAUCGCCCUCGCUUUGAGCCCGUCGACCGCGAAAAGACUUGCCCGUUGCUGCUUCGGGUUUUCACUAGGAUUGGGGGUCAUCAUAGCGAUGGAGACUUUGCAGUGAGAGGCAAGGAGCCCAAGGAUGAGGUUCAAAUUUAUACCUGGAAGGAUGCUACUCUUCGUGAGUUAACUGUUUUGGUCAAAGAGGUAGCUCCAGCUGCAAGGAGAAAAAAUGCAAAACUAUCCUUUGCUUUUGUAUAUCCCGAUAAAAAUGGCCGUUUUACAGUAAAAGAGGUGGGGAUGACCUAUUCUUAUGGAAAUGGGAGAUUAGAUGAUGGCAAGACAUUGGCUGAACUUUGCUUUCAGAUUGGAGAUUACUUGGAUGUGGGUAUUAUGUAAGGAAGCUCUCUCCUUAAUCUGAUGUAUUUGCUCAUAAGCUGUCUUGGGAGGGUCUUGCAAUACUGUUUACUUGAAUUUUGCCCUGAGUUGAUGCUUCCUUAUAUGUGUACAUAAGUGGCUAGUUUCUAGUUGUUAGACAUGAUGUGGACGUCAGUUACACCCAUGUGCAUAUAUAGUGUUGGAAAUUGAAACCUUCUGUGGGUUCGUGGAAUAUAUUGAAUAUCAUUUUGAAAACU